AUUCAAAGCGCGAAAUGGACACUCGUCCGGCGGAGAAAGUCGUGCUGCGCGAGUACACGGAGUACCGCUUUGAAGUGCACGGAGAUGAAGAGGUGACGAUCCGGCUGCAUUCAGGCACCGCCGAGCUGUUCGGCGUAGAGUUGGCGAAGGAAAAGGAGUACCAUUUCCGCAAAUGUCAAGUGGCCAUCUUCACUUACCACGGGUGCGAGCUGAGCCUCCAAGGGGAACGUGCGUCUGCGUACACGUCAUCGGAUGAAACGCCCAUGCCUCCCAUCGUGAACAUCCACACACAGCUGGACCAAAUCCGUCGUCAUGCAUUGGAGACCCGCGGCGCAGGCCCUCGCGUCCUCGUGACAGGUCCGUCGGACACGGGCAAGUCCACGGUGUCACGUAUCUUGCUCAAUUACGCGCUCCGAAUGUCCAUGAAGCCGACGUUCGUCGACUUGGACGUCGCGCAUGGGUCGUUGAGCGUUCCAGGGACCGUCGCCGCGACCCCGCUGGAAAUGAACUGCCUCAGUGUCGAAGACGAGUUCAUCCUCACGGCGCCGUUAGCGUACUUCUACGGACAUGCCGAAGUGAAAGAGAACCCUGAGCUGUACAAGCAUCAAGUGUCGGAGCUCGCGACCCGUGUCAACGAACGACUAGCCAACGACGCCGACGUGAACGCAUCGGGGGUGAUCAUCAACACGUCUUCGUGGAUCGAUGGCGCGGGGUACCAAGUGCUUCUCCACUGUAUCCAAGCCUUCCAUGUGGAUUUGGUGAUUGUGCUCGGUCAAGACAAACUGCACAGCGAACUCCAGCGCGACCUCGCGUCCACUGCAUCCACGUCCGUGAUCAAACUGCCGCGGUCGGACGGCGUCGUGCAGCGAUCCAAUCAACAACGGCAUCAGCUGCGCAUGGAUCGGUUCCACGAGUACUUUUACGGCAAACACUUGCACUCGACGCUACCGAUGCAGUCGCCGUUUGAGUUUGCCCCGCAUUCCGUCGACUAUGACGUGGACGACCUCCACAUCUACCGCAUCCAAGACUUGAGUGUGUCCCAAGUGAUGCUGCCAGUGGGCCAGACGCAUGACAUGGUUCGGCUGCGCGUCGUGCCGGCCGACCUGACGUCGGAUCUGAACCACUGCAUGGCCGCCGUGAGCCAUCCGCCCAGUGGCAACGGCGACCGCAACGACGACGACGACGAGCAGCAGCUCCUCGGCUCGAGCGCCGCCGGCUUUGUGCUCAUCAAGUCGGUCAACGUCGCGCAGGGCAAAGUGACGUUGUUGGUGCCGUGUCCUGGCCCGCUCCCGUCCAAGAACUUGAUUGUCGGGACCCUCAAGUUUAUGGAAUAACUAGUAUUAAUCCAUAGUACUCGUUGCUCGUUAAUCCAACAACGGACAACCACUGGUAUACUAUAAAUGUUGUA